UCACUCAUUCCUUAUCUCCCAAACCCCCCAUAUCAGAGCAAUCACAUUUCCUCAACACUUUCCUCUCCCUCACUCGAUUCCCUCCCAAUUUCCCUCCAUCUCUCCCUCUUGUGAGAGAAUGGCCACCAGCCAGUACUCUCUCAACUCCAUCUACCACCAGGACAACCACCACUCUUUCCGGAGGCGCCACUCCAUAGACACCCCUCCUCCCUCCACCCUCUUCCUCAAGCCAACCACCAACACAACCAACCCCACUUCCCUCUCCCACACUCUCUCCUCCACCCCUUUCUCUCUCUCCCUCUCCACCACCACCGCCACCUCCUCCCUCACAACAACACCCUCCACCUCCCAAACCAUCUCCUUUGACCUCCUCAAACAACACCUCUCCUCCAAAAACUACCGGGAGGCCGACGAAGAAACCCGCCGCCUCCUCAUCGUCCUCGCCGGCGAAGCCGCCCAGAAGCGCGGCUACGUGUUCUUCUCGGAGGCCCAAUUCAUCCCGGAACAAGACCUGAGGGCCAUAGAUGAGCUCUGGAAGCAACACAGCAGCAACAAGUUUGGGUACAGUGUCCAAAAGAAGAUAUGGAAGAAAGUGAACAGAGACUUCACCAAGUUCUUCCUCAAGGUUGGGUGGAUGAAGAGGCUUGACACUGAGAUUGAGCAAUAUAAUUACAGGUCUUUCCCAACUGAGUUCACUUGGGAGCUCACUGAUGACACACCAGAGGGUCACUUGCCAUUGACGAAUGCUCUCAGAGGUACACAGCUUCUCAACUGCAUUCUAAGCCACCCUGCUUUUCACUCCACCCAAGAAGAAGAAGAAGAAGAGGAGGGAGGGAAUGGAAUUGAAGAAGAGAAAGGAAUUGCUGAUAAUGGAGGGUUGAAGGGUUUGAGGGGAGUGAACAAGAAAGUGUUCAAAACAGAUUACAGCUUUUAAUCUCAAGAAACAAUGGGCACUUGUAUUUUUAUAUUUACUUAUAUAUAUUUAUAUAUGCAAUGAAAAUGGUUACUGUUUUUGUAAUAAUAUGCUUUUCACUUUCCCUUUGAACUUUCUUUUGUUUUUCUUGUUUUUGUUUGUUUUACAAGUGGGAGCAUCUUUUUUAAUUUUAAAUUGAUGAUAUAUGGACACUAGUACAAGGUUGUGUCGCUUGACACGUUGUAUGUAUUAGUAUGGUUGCAAACAAAAACCAGCCCUUUUGUAUUUUUUUUUGUUUAUUAAUGUAACUUGUGCGUUUGUGAUGUUGAA